AAUAACAAAUUUGAGCUAGCUUUUUGAACCCUAAAAUAUUAAGAGAACUGAAGAAACAUCCGUAACACUCGUCGUAUAACAAUAAGUUUAUAUAAAUAAAUAAAUGACCGUCCAAAGAGCCACCGUAAACUUUUACUUAACUGCAUUUUAAGUGUUAUACAAAUUUAAAUCGAAAAAAUAUACACUUUUGGUUGGUGUGUUUUUCAAACAAAAAUGGUUAUUUAAUGAUUGCAGUUUAAUUAUAAUUUGAUUGAAGCUAUAAAUUUCUUCAUUUGGCUUCAUUUUGUUUAGUUUUCUAAGCCAAAGCCAUGUGGGCAGUGUUCUUGUUAGCGCUUUUCCUGAUGACCACCGUCGGUCAUAAGGUGGAGAGCAAGUUCAAAAGUCUUCACUGUAACAUUUACGAUCCGAGUAUUGGCGAGUUUCCACUUUGCAGAAUCAAAGCUCUGAAUCGCUACAAGAACACUAUAAGCGUUACCUUCCGAUCGAAAAAGCACCAAGAAAAGAUAAUGGUUCGAUUGGAGGCUUUGAAAAGAGUCAACGGAUGGCGACCAUUUCUAUAUAACAUCACAUUCGACUUGUGCAACUUUAUGGAGAAGCGGAACAACUUUUACGUGAACUUGGCCUUUUCAUACCUGGAACCGUACCUUAAGCUGAACUAUUCUUGCCCUUUAAAGGUCAAUGAUAUAAUUAAGUGUGAAAAAUUGCAAUUUGACAUGGAGAAAAUACGUGCUCGAUUUCCCGUCGAGACGGGAGAAUAUGGCUUGAGGAUGGGCUUUUAUUACAAAGGCGGCAUCAAGGUCUCUAUAUGUAAAUGGUUCAGUGCAGUACUCUAAUUACAGGGAUCAUUAGAUCCAGUUUUCUAAGGAUUGCCUAGGUGUAACUUCAAUAUAAUUUUGAUCUUCAAAUAGUCAGGCACUCUAGAGAAAUGUAUCUGCAAGCACCAAUUAUAAAAUAAAAAAAUAUAUGUAUAUAUAAAGUUUGUUUAGCAAUAA